GUCGAUCUUCUAUCUUCAUCAUGUUCACUAAGACCGCCGUCGUUCUCGCCCUUGUGGCCGUCGCUUUGGCUGCUCCUUCACAGCCUUCCUACGACUACUCUCCUCCGGCCACCUAUGAGUCUCCUGCUAAGUAUGACUUCAACUACGCUGUCAAGGACGACUACUCCGGCAACGACUUCGGUCACCAGGAAGCACGCGACGGAUACAACACACAGGGUUCCUACUUCGUCCUCCUUCCCGACGGUCGUCUGCAGAAGGUCACCUACACCGUCAACGGCGACUCAGGCUACGUAGCUGAGGUCAGCUACGAGGGUGAGGCCCAGUACCCCGAGUACCAUCCUGCUCCUGCCUACGUAGGAAAUGAAUACUUAUAUUGA